AACGAGUCAAACGAACGAGCUGAUGGAGAGGCUGCCGAGUGACUCAACACACCCUAUCCGUUAGUAUUCUGAGCUCGUCGCAGAUGCUUAGCUACUCUUGAGUUGCAGGCACUCUCACAUGGCGACAAUCCUCGAGCCCCUUCUUCCACAUCCUCCUUCACCUUGCUCUUCUGCGCGUCAACCGCACCUGUCAUGUUGUCUCCCAAGUUUCCCCAAACCCUCGGACCGGCUCAGCCCAGUGGCCAACUCGCACAGCCCGAGACGUUGUCGAGCAAAUUCUUAUGAUAAACAAACGGUUUCUUACAAAACAAUUCCUGUCAUAUAAUCAGACUAGAGCUUUUGCAGUUCCGAGGAGGAAUGCUAUGGCUUUGAUCUUAUCAAGUUAUAUCUUCUCCAGGAUUGAUCUGCAUGAUACUGCAAUUGCUCAACCGUCAGUUGCAUUCAGGGAAUAUAUAGAUACAUUUGAUGGUUAUGCAUUCAUGUAUCCUCAGAACUGGAUUCAAGUCCGAGGUGCAGGUGCAGACAUAUUCUUCAGGGAUCCUUUUGUUCUUGAUGAAAAUAUCUCUGUGGAGUUUUCUUCUCCUUCUUCCUCCUCGUUCAAGAGUGUUGAAGAUUUGGGUUCGCCACAAGAAGCUGGAGAAAAGGUACUAAAACAGUAUCUGACAGAGUUCAUGUCCACUAGACUUGGUGUAAGGCGUGAAUCAAAUGUUCUUCAUACAUCUUCAAGAGUUGCCGAUGAUGGGAGGAUUUACUAUCAAGUCGAGGUAAACAUAAAGUCAUAUGCAAACAACAAUGAGCUGGCUGUUUUACCUCAAGACCGUGUUGUUAAGUUGGAAUGGGAUCGGCGGUACCUUUCAGUUCUUGGAGUUGAAAACAACAGAUUAUAUGAACUCAGACUACAAACACCUGAAAAUGUAUUUGUAGAAGAGGAAAACGAUCUGCGCCAAGUUAUGGAUUCCUUCAGAGUGAACAAAGUGGUUGAUUGAUCAAUUUUUGUGUUUGGUUUUCCCAGAUUUUGUUCUCAGUUAUUAAAUUACUACCAUUUCUUAUUUGCGGACUCCACAUGUAACUCAAGCAGAAUUGGCAAUACAAUUCAAUUCCUUAUUGCCUGAUUGUUUCUCAA